AUGGCGCCGUUUCCCAUGAAAUGUACGAACUGUGGAGAGUACAUCUACCGUGGUCGCAAGUUCAACGCUCGGAAACAGACCCUCGAAGAGAGAUACUUGAAUAUUCCAAUCUAUCGCUUCUUCAUUCGAUGCACAAGAUGCAGCGGCGAGAUUACUUUCCGUACAGACCCAAAGAAUAUGGAUUACGAAUGCGAGAAAGGAGCCAAACGUAACUUCGAGCCUUGGAGAGACGCCAAGUCUGGCAAAUACAAUGAAACGGAGGAGGAAACGCUCGAACGACUUGAGCGAGAGGAAAAUGAACACGAAGAACAACUUGAGCAAGAUAAGAUGGCGGAACUGGAGGAAAAGAUGCAGGAUUCGAAACGCGAAAUGGCUAUUGCCGAUGCACUCGAUGAGAUUCGGACGAGGAAUGCUCGCAUCGCUCGAAAUGAAGGCUUGUCAGACGAGGUUGCUUUGGAUCAUAUCCAUCACGAGGUGGACGAGGCGAAGAUGCGGGAAGAGCAAGAGAUUGAGGAAGCUGCGCGGAGAGCCUUCACAACGGCCUCAGGUGAGAAAGUCAAGCGAAUCGUGGAUGAAGAGGAACUGGCCGGCCCAGCAUCCUCACAAGUCGCGAAGACUCAGGCUCAGAUGCCACCGCCAUCCACAUCAUUCGCUCGUGUCAAAAAGGCGAAGAAGCCUGGCGUCAGCCUUUUGGGCAUCAAGAAAAAGCCGUCCUUGGUGUGA